UCGACUAGCUAGCUAGCAACCUUGAAAAUAUUUUGUUGCAUUGUUGCUAUAGCUAGACUCAACAUCUCAAUAUGGCGCCUGUAGACGCUGGUGCCGGCUCCGGCGACCUCGCCAUCGUUGUGUUGAGCCGCCGCCUUGUCCGCGCCUCCGACCCGUCCAUUCAGCCUGAGCAGCGCGUGGUCACCUUCUCCAACCUUGACCUUUACCCCGACAACGUGCAGGCCAGCAUGGUGUGCCUCUACCCCAAGCUUCCAAAGAAGGGCGACUUUGAGGCCAUCGUGGCCACCUUCGAGGCCGACCUGCCCUCUUUGCUUAACAAGUUCUACCCUCUUACUGGCCGCAUCGUAAUCAAUGCGAGCUCUGGCCUCCCCGAGCUGCACUGCGAGAACCAGGGGGCAGAGCUGGUCGUCGGAGAAGUGAAUGUCGCCUUAGGGAGCCUGGACUAUGGCAUCGCCGAGGAGUCCCUCAAGAAGAUGAUGCUGCCGUACCACGAAGGCGUCACCCUUUCGGUGCAGAUUUUGUCCUUCGCCUGCGGCGGCUUCUCCGUGGUGUGGGGCACGAACAACCUUGUAUGCGACGGCCCAGCCUCCGGCAUGUUCCUAAGCAUGUGGUCGGAGCUGGCGCGGACGGGGAGGAUGCCCGACACCCUUGCCGUCAACCACGACCGAUCGGUGUUCCGUCCCCGCGACCCGCCGGCAUACAGCGCCGGCCUCGACGGUAUGUUCGCCACGUACGACGACCGCCGGAUGGUGAACGCCCUGACAGCCGACGCCAGCUUCGUGGAGCGCAUCUACUACAUCGAGGCAAGCGACAUCACCAAGCUACGCGAAGAGGCGAGCACCAGCAGCAACCAGCGGGCGUCGCGCGUCCAGGCGGUGUCUGCGUACCUGUGGAAGGCCCUGGCCGCCGUCGUGGCCGCGUCGUCCCGCGUGCCGGAAGGGCGCUGCUGCAUGGGGUGGAUGGUGGACGCUCGGCGGCGGGUCAAGGCGCCCGCGCUCGUCCCCGCGCUGCGCAACUACUUCGGCAACGUCACGGCCUACGCCCUCGCUGACGCCGCCGUGGACGACAUCCUGCGGGAGCCGCUGGCGGAGGUGGCGGCGAGGGUGCGCGACACGAUCACGGCCAUAGACUACGACACGUAUCUCCAGGAGCUUGUGGACUGGGUGGAGGAGCACAAACCGGAGCACGUCAUGGAGAAGGGCGUCCUUGGGCUCGGCACCCCCACGGUGAAUCAGACGGUGUUCGCCUCGUUCCCGUUCGACACCGACUUUGGCUUCGGCGAGGCGACGCUCGCCCUGCCCAUGUGCGAAUAUGGGAGGCUCUGCUCGGGGUACCUCUCCGUUGGAGCGCGGCCAGGAGGCGACGGCUCCUGGCUUCUCAGCGCAUACAUAUGGCCACGGCUCGCGGCGGCGCUCGACUCUGACGGCAUCUUCAAGCCUCUCACGGCGGAGUAUCUCGGCCUUUCAAGGCACCACAAGUCCAAAUCUCGUCUUUGAAACGCUUCUUCCAUCUACACCGACUACUGCUUAAAAGUAUGAUUUUUAGAAUUUUUUGAAACUUAAAAGUAUGAUUUUUGAUUUUUUCAAAAUAAAGAGCUACAUGUAGCCCGGUCUCCAUUUGUCCGUUCUCUAUACCCAAGCUACUAUGUACUACU